GUACACACAUUGAGUGUGAGGAUUCCAUGUAUCUUUUCACUAAUUGCCCUGAAGCAGAUCUAAAUUAUGGAAAACAAACAUAAAAAAUAAACAUUUGUAAAUGAGUACUUGUAUGCACUGUGAAGAUAUAGAAGUAGACUAUAUCUUAGCCUGUCAAAAUCUAUAAAAUUCUAUAACAUGUAACACAUUAUACUAAAAGGACAAACCCAGGAUUGAUUUUGUACAGAAAGUAGUAGUAUAGGCACUAUAAUUUCAGAAUAAGUAAGAAUGCACCAUUUCAGAAUGAGUAAGAAUGCACCAUUUGGCAGACUAAUUAGUACAUUGAAACUCUAUGAAGUUAGGAUUUAAAAUAUGAGCAGUAUUUUCCUUGCAAAGACUGGAUGGAGAAUUUUCAGAAUGAGGUAUCAAUGACAAUAAAGUUUGGGACAAAGAAUUAUAAAGUCAAUUUAAAGAGACUAUAGAGCUGCUUGUGUGUGCAUUUGGUGGAGCUGGUAGCUCUUUGGUGUAGCAGCAGCCGAAGAGACUCUGGCGCUCCUCAUGGUUGAUGAAAUGCCCAAGGAAGGAACCAAGACUGAGAACAAUGAGCAUAUUAAUUUGAAGGUGGUGGGUCAGGAUGGUUCUGUGGUGCAGCUUAAGAUUAGGAGGUGCACACCUCUUAGUAAACUAAUGAAAUCCUGUUGUAAGCCACAGGAUUUGUCAGUGAGGCAUUUCACACUCAGAUUUGAUGAGCUGCCAAUCAAUGAAACAGACAUACGUGCACCAUUAGAAAUGGGGGAUGAAGAUACAAUUGAUGGGUUCCUGCAGCAGUACACAGGGGGUGUUUACUAAAGAGGGAACCUACUACUUUACUCCAGAACUCUGUUCUUCCUGAUCAAGAAGAAAUUCUCAGUUAGAAAGCCUGCAAUUCAGUUCCAUAAAUCCCAAGUCCUAUGGCGCAAUUUUCUCUAUUCUUUCAUUUUCUCCUUCCACAUUCCUUUACUGUACAUGAAUA